UGUUAUGGGAAAUAGGUUAGAAAAACAUCUCAGUGCUUCUGUAUACUGACAGAUUUUCAUGUCUAUAGAAGAUUUUUGUAUUAUCUUAUACGUAUCAUGAUGUUAAUUUCGACGAUUAGAAAGAGUGUACCAUGUAACCUGCGACGAAUUGUCGCAUGUGUCAGUUAUAGAAAUAAAAUUCGAAUGAAGGUCGCACGACAGUGUAACGAGACCAAUUUGCUGUUUUGCUCGACCCCAAAUGUUGCGACUUGCAGAAUUUACAGCACUGAAGCAGAUUCUGAACCGCGCUUUUCUUUGCCUAUGCUUGUAACUAACGUUGAGCCAUUCAAACCAAAUUUUUUUAUUCCGUUUCGUCUUCUUUUCUUGUCUUUUAGAACUAUUCCACAGAUAGAUAAAGAGUUUUCUAUAUCCGAGACUGUCCAGGGAAUCAAAUACGCAAUAAUAGUAAUAUCCAAGGCUUUAGCAAAUGAAAACUAUGAUUCCUUAGAAGAUCUUGUAGCAGAAGAUAUGAUAGAAGUUUUAAGAACAAAGAUCGAGACUCUCAGCUCUGAGCAAAAAUGUUUAAUUGCAGUAAAUGAGGAAGAUAUUGCAUUUCAAAUUUUAUGUGAUAUCUCAGCUGAGACAAAUGAGGAUCAUUCCAUUCAAGUUAAAACGAUCUUCCAUUAUGUCCCAGGUAUGAUCAAGAAAAAGAAGCUGGAGUCUUUUACAUUCACAGAUAUCUCUAAUGUUAGAGAUAUGUUAAUAUGUAAUUAUACAUUUACCCGUAAAUAUAUAAAUAAUAUUGGUGGUCCAUGGAUUGCGACUUUUGUAAAUCAUUAUAGUAUUAAUGUUACGUCAUAG